AUAUCAAGAUAUCAAGAUUUGGGCCAAAUAACGAAAUCCAUAAAUAACAAUAACAACAAUAAGGAUGAAAUACACGUCCUCAAUGUCAUUUCUUCUGACAAUAUUCUUUGCUGCUACGAUUUCAGGUAAAGAUAUUCAAGGACUUCUGUCAGACAACAAUCUUGGUCCCUCGAUGCCUCCUAACUCAGAACCGUCUUCUGAUCCCAUCGGUGGAGGUGAUACAAUCAUUCUAUCAGAUGUUCUAGGCAGAGAUCGAAGCAUCAAUAUAUUCGCUGGAUUUACAAGAGAUAUAGCCCCUAUAAGUCAGCGAUUUGCUGAUGGUGGCCAAAAUACAACCAUUCUUGCCCCAGUCAAUUCUGCAAUAAUGGCUCUACCUCGAAAACCAUGGGAAGACCCAGAAGAUUAUGACAAACUUGGAGCCAAUGCAUAUGAGGGUGAAGAUGGAGAAGAGAGGGCGCAUAAGAAUCUGCGAAGAUUUGUGGAAGCUCACAUCAUUCCUGCGAGUCCAUGGAAGGAAGGGGAGAAAGUUAAGACUUUAGUUGGAGAUGAGGUCUGGUGGGAGAAUAAAGACGGAGUGAAACGAUUGCAACCUGGAAAUAUUGAGGUCUCAAGCAUGGCAGGUGACGUCCACAACGGGCAAGUCUGGAUAUUGAAGAAUGUGAGAAAUUAUGCAUAGAAACUGCUUGGGCAUUACUUGCAGAGAUUGGCUUUACUUGGACUUGGGAAUCAAAGUGUUAGUAAAUUCGACUGGGCACACAUAUAGGGGGUUUUGCCCUUGACGUCGCAUAUCAUGAUAUUAAUAAUAAUAAAUAUUUUGUCUUCGAAA